UACUGUGUAUAAAAGCAAUAACAUGAAAUUGCUUCUCUUCCUGUUCUUCUAUACGACAUGCAGCUGCAACGACUCACAAUCCCCACCCAUCUCCACGGAAGCACGUCGUGCGGAGAUCGAAAAGCUGCGCAGCGAAUUAAACGCAGCAUUUCAGGCGGAAAAUGGAGCUCCGGAAGGCGUUAUAGUGCAGCCGGCAUGGACAAAGCAGGAGCAGAAUGAAAAUCUCAAGCCCAGCAAGGUGCUAAUCACCCAAUCUGCACUGAGUGCAACAAAGGCUCUACGCUCGGAGAUCAAUAAGGCGGUCGUCACGCAGGGUCACACAGAGGAGGUGCGGCAACUGGAGGCAGCCAUCAAAGCGAAAACAGGCGGUAUACAGGAUCAAAAAGUUGCUGGCAAUGCACAUGAGAAGAUGCUGGGCAGCAGCCAGCAUGCUGCUGCUAAUGUGAUGGAAGCCAAUGUGGUGGACACCAUUCCGCUGGACAUUGAUCUGGCGCAGCUAAAACAACUGGAGCUAACCAAGCGGCGCACACGUGAAAUGCUUGUGCUCAGUCGAAUCGUGGAGGAUCUGCAGUUUACGCUCGGCGAGGAUGUGUCUCAUUGGCAACAGCUGCAGCAGAAUGGCAGCGUCUAUUUUGUGGGUCGAAGCAGCCACAAUUUGCUGCUAUGGAAGCAACAACAAAUUCCCGUCAAUGGCACCAACUUUCCAAGCUACGAACCAAUGCAACCAUUGCCAGUGGCGGGGGGCAUUGAUGCGAGUCUCAGCUACGAGCGCUGGAACGCAAGAGCGCAGCUUCAAGAGAGUCUGCUAAUCGUGGCUACACAGCAGCAGUUGAACUGGUAUCGCCUGGACGCUGAUACGGGCCUGACACAGUUCUGGCACUGGCCGCUGGGCAACCAGAUUAGCAAGCUUUUGGCAUUUUCUAUCGAGAAUCGCGAGUAUCUGGCACAUAUGCAUAAUCGAACGCUUAGCAUUUAUGCCUACGAUCUGGAUGGGCUGGAGUUCUGGAUUGUGCAGCGUCUGCAGCUGGAGCAGACGAUUACGGCGCUAGCUGUACUGGACACGGGUCGUGAUUUACUACUGGCCGUGGGCCAGUCCAAUGAGGCGCUUAUUUAUGCUCAUAACAUGCGUGAAUUGUCGCCGGAUGCGGGCCUGCAGCUGCAGCUGCGUCAACGUUUGGAUGCCCCACAGAUCGCUGACAUUGCCGCUUUCCAAAUGGGUGGGAGGAGCUACCUGGCUUUGGGCGGCUUGCGGCCACAGAUACUCGGCUAUGUGCAGGGGCAGCUGGUGCCCAAAACGCUGCUGGGUCAGAACUAUAACCUGGUGGAGAUGUUUCUGCCAGUGCCAGUACGCAGCUAUCGGGAUGAUCUGCUACUGCUUGUGCAGCAUCGAGUGUUCUUCGACACGCACUCGCUGCUGCAGUUGGAGGUGCUGGUCUGGAAUGGAGUGGCCUUCGAGGCGAGCCUGCCGGCCCCUUGUGAGCUUGGCACCCAGAUACGAUAUGGUGCCAGCUGCAUUUUGGAUGAGCAGCGGGACGCGGGCUUGACGGGUGCGGUGCUGCUUCGUCAGAUGCAGCCUCCACUGUUGCUAGUUCCUCGCCAUGCGGCGCCCUCGGGCCUGUUCCGACUACACACACAGCUGCUACCGCGCAAUUCAGAACUGCACGAUCUGCAGGAGAUACAGAAGUUUAUGCACGACUGGGUGGCGGAGCAGGACAACCUUCUAGCGCUUAGCGCUGAUCUGCUCCUUCAAGCACCAGCUGCGCCAGAGCUAAUGCAUUAUGAGGAGCUCAACACGCCGCUUGUCAUCAAUGAUGAUGCCGUUCUGGAGGCACUGCUUGUGAAUGAUGAACCUUGGACCGCAGCGGAUGCUGCUAUGGAUCUGCAUGAGCUUCUGCAGCACAUACGGGCAUUGAAGCAAGAGCUGGAAGGUUACCACAGUCAUCGCUCCAAGCGUCAGCCGCAGCUCUUCAGCUAUGACUAUGAGCAGCUGGACUUUGAUGUCGUCCAAGUGCAGCAGCUAAACAUCGAGAAGCUGAACAAUGUGCCCUUCUACGUACAGAAUGCCACACUGCAGUUCAACGGUUCGAUCAAUGCGCAACGCCUGGAGCUGCUGCAGCCGAAGAUCAUUGAGCAACUCGAAUCCUUGCCCUCCAGCACGCAACAGCGCUUGGAGCAAGCCGGCGAUCUAAUCUGUGAAUUCAUCAAUGGCUUGAAGUGGACGCAAUUCAUAGAAGAUUUGGUCUGGCGUCAAAAGCCGCUUCACCUCUCGCAUCUGCAGGUGCAUGGCGCUGUUGUCUUUGAGGACUCGCUGCAUUUGAGUGCACUGAAUGAGCUAAACUUUCCGGGCGAUUAUCUGUGGUCCCAGGGCAGCUCGACGAGCAUCAUUCACUCACCCAAACAGUUUACCCAGACACUGGCCGCGAAUAUGGUCGACACUGCUGGCACUAUCAAUGGAGUCGAUCCCUCGAAUGUGGUUACCUUGAGCGAAAGCGAAGACUGGCCGGGCUGGGUCACUUUCACACAACUGGAAGUUUCCGAGGAGCUCGAGCUCAAUGGCAGCGCGCAGGGUCGUCAAUUCGAAGAGGCGCCACUGAAUCCCAUCUUGACUGAGUCGCAUCACAUCCAUGCCGCUUGCCACUUUGCCCAGCUGAUUGUGAACGGUGAAUUGCAGUUGCGAGGACUGCUGGACAAAAGCAGCUACGAUUCGCUGCUGGGUGACCUGGCCCAGCGAACUGGCGAUGCCAACGAGGAGCUGCUCAUACCAGCGGCAAAGCAAGUGCAGCACCUGGCGCUGCCAAUGGACACACAUGUGACAGAUGGCACCGUAGGCGGCAUUCCCAUCGAACGUUUCGUGACCAAGCACACAGAGCAGACGCUGCACAAUCUGAGCAGUGUGGCGGGCAAUGUAUACAUUCAUCAGCUACAGCUCAGCGGUGUCUACGACGGCGUCCAGCUGGAUCAGCUGUUGGGCCAAGCAUUGCGUGUCGAUGCACCGCUGCUGGCGCCAACAACACGACUUCGGUUUGCCAACGAUCCACAGCUGUCAGAGCUGCAGGUGACACACGCUCUGAACGACGUGCCACUAUCCAACGGAUACCAGACGCUCCACGAACCGGUGCACCUCAGCCAGGCGCACUUUCAUCACCUGCAGGUCAAUCAACUCGAUGUGACGCACAAUGUGACGGGCGCGGGUCGCCUAAAUGGACUCAAUCUCAGCAGCGUACUGUCGACGCCACCGAAAUCGGACACUUUGCAGGUGGAGGACUUGAUACUGCCGAUGGGUGCGCAUGCAUUGCAAUUGCAGGGCCUCAAGGCCGAAUUGCUGUUGGACUUCCUUCGUCAGUUUGAUGAACUGCCGCUGUUCAUACUCAAUGGCCAACUGCAGGUACAACACAUUGCGGUCAGUGGCGCUGUACAAGUGCUGGGCACACUCAACGGUCGCGAUCUAGCCCAACUGCAGCACGAUGUCGUCUGGCUGGAUCAGCACAAUGAGCUGCGCACUCGAUGGCGUUUCCAGCAAUCGCCCACAUUUGCCAACGAUCUUGUGCUUCUGGGUAGCUACAAUGAACGUCUGUUACCCGAGCUGCUCGACGAUAUAGUCUUUCGCAGCGAUGAGCACCAGGAGCUACUGAUUGUGGGCACCAAGAGUUUCGGGGCUCGUGUUAGUGUUCUGGAUGCCCUGCAGCUGCAGGCACUAAAUGGAGUGCCUUUCGAGAGACUCGCCAAUAAGUUGCAGCCACUGGACUUUGCCGGCGAUAUACGCUUGGAGGGGCGUUUGCAUUUGGCCCAUUUACAGCUGCAGGGCCAACUAAAUGGCGACGAAGCUAAUCAGUUGGAGGAGCAGCUACGCUGGGAUCCGCAGCUGGGCGCCUUUGUGCAGCGUGGCCUAAUACAAUUACCAGCCCAAAGCCAACUGCAGCAGUUGACGGUUCUGGGCCACCUGGGUAAUCGCAGUCUGGAGCCGCUAAGUGAAUUUUUUGAUAGUCUACUCGACAAGCGGCAGCCUCAACUGAGUCUUAAAGGCCACAAAAUCUUUACGGGUCGCGUGAGUAUUCUAGGCGGCACCCAUAUUACCAACCUAAAUGGCAUACAGCUGGAGGAGCUGCUGGAGCAGAUCAUCUUCAUCGAUGGCGUCGGCAACGAAGUGACGAUACAAACACCGGUGCACUUCGAGGCUGCUGUACAGAUGGAUAAGCUAUAUGUGGAUGACUUGGUGAUGCAAGGUGAACUCAUCAAUGGCUGCAAUGUCAGCGAAUGGAUUCACGACACGCUGCGCGUUGAUCGCAACUGGCAAGCAGAACAUCCGGUCAGAUUUGCUAAGGGCGCACUGGACACCAAUGCGCUGCACGUCGGCCAGCUAAAUGGAUUGAAUCUCUCUCGCGUGGUUACUCUGCAUACGCCGCAAAACCUUAGCUUCCCCUUCGUUGCCCAGGAGCUGCAUCUGGAUGAUGGCCAAGUGCAGCUGCAUGGGCUGGUCAAUGGACACAAUCUAACUGAGGAAUAUGCCAAUACCUUGCUGAUCAAUGCGCCGCAUGAGCAACGUGUGCAAACACCGCUGGUGAUGCAGUCAGCGGACGUAAGUGGCUCCUUGCUGGCCAAGUGGCCCAUCAACGGGGAUCCCAAUCUCAAUUUAAGUGAUGUUGCCACGCUGCACGAGGACCAGCUGCGACUGCAGACGCCGCUUAACUUUGCCACGCUGCAUGCGCCGGAGUUGCGCACGCGCCUGCACCUUAAUGGAUUCAACUACACUGCCUGGCAUGAGAAGAGCUUGUGGGCGCAGGGUCGGGCGACGCAGGUCAUCAGCGGCAAUUGGAGGGUGCGCUGGCUGCACCUGAAAUUGCCACAGCAAACGGAGCAGCCGCCACAUGGUGUCUAUCGCCGGCAGAUUACCACAUUGGCCGAGCGCAGUCAGAAGUUGUGCGCUGGAAUGGCCAGACUUUUUGGUCUUCUACGUCUGCCGUACCAGGUGAAGCAAUUGCGACGCCGCUUUUCAUUACACCAGGCUACGGAUCAGGCGGAUGUGCGUCGCGUCUUUGCACUGCAGUCACCGGCAGCGGGUGCAGAAAACUAUUUGCUGAUCAAUGAGUUGGGCUGCUGGACGCGCAUCUAUCGUUGGAAUGGCACACACUACGACAGCGCUGGUGGCUUCGAGAGCGGACCCGUUGAUGACGUUGUUGUGCUGCAGCUUGGCAACGCAACAAAUGACCAGUUCAGCUUCAUGACGAGCUAUGACCUAAGCGAGGAACAGCUCGAAAAUAACUGGAACUGUAGCAGCCUGGCGAAUCUGCAAAGCUGGCGGACCAGUAACAAAGUUGAGAUUGAGCCAAUGGAUGUACCAGUUCCCAUGUUGCAGCAGAUGCACGACACACAACAACAGCAACGCAGUGGGCCAACCUAUCAAGAAGCCAUCAAGUAUUUAAGCCGGCCCAGCAUUGAAUCGCAGUUGCGGCCACAUCUCAAUGCAACGCAUUCGCUCAGCCAGCAGCAGUACGAAUCGUUGCGGGAACGUCUGCUGCAGCAUCUCAGCUUUCGUCUGCAAACCGAGGUGAACAUCACACAACUGAGCAUACCCGAGAGCGAUCUAUACGAUGAUGAGCAUCUUGUCGAAGACUUUCUGCAUCUAAUGCGUCAGCUGCACCUGGCUUCCAAAUCGAAAUCCAAAUUGUUUGCAUCACUGCCAACGGAUACGCUGCCAUUGCCAAAUACGCCGGCACGCGUGUUGGCUGCUCGCAGUGCCCAGUUAAUUUGGCAAUCACUGGAAGAGCUAAGGGCGCUGCACGCUCGGCACGGGGGACAGGAAGAGCAGCAGCAGCAGCAGCAGCAAGCGCUGGUGCUUUAUCUUGAGCAAGCAAUCCAUGAUAUGCUGCUGUUGGCUAACAAUGAUGGCAGGCAUGGGGAAACUUCCCAUGUCGACGAUAAAGAUACGCUGCGACUGCAUGCGGUGAUUGAGCGAUUGCGGCAGCUGCAACAGCAGCUGCAAGCAGAAGAGCAGCAGCAGCGUUACCAAAAUAUUGAUGGUGCCAGCAGCAGCAUUAAUGCCAUGAUAUUGCCACAUCCAGCUUUGCAGCCCCAGCCGCAACCUGUGGAAACGGUACGACUGUAUGUUGGGCCAUCAGAGCGUGCCAAGCUGCUCUAUGCACGUCUGACUAUAGUCGCUUCAGAUGAACCGCCCAUGGCACCGUCGACAGCACCAGCGGCUCACAUCCAGCUGCAUCAUGCAAAUGGUAGCCUGUUCCAGUCGCUGGCCGCCAAUAUUGGUGCCCGCCAGUUAACUGCGAUACGGGUGCGCGACGACGAGACGCUGCUGGCCUUCGUUGAGGGCUGUUGUCGGGUGCGCGUCUUUAUCUAUCGCGGCAUUGAGGGCUUUGUGCCAUUCGCCCAGUUCCACGCCAUGGCGCAGUCGGAAACGGUGCAGCCGAAUGUGCUGCAACUGCUGGCAUUGCAACUGCCCUUGCAGCGAUCACCGGGCACACUCUAUAUGUUGGCUGUGGUCCAGGCACGCCAUUUGACCUUCUAUGAGCUGGUCAUGCCGGGAUUCCUUGAGCCUUGGCUACGUUGUAAAUAAUGUACAAAUGCGGAACGUAUUUGUAUGAACAUAUGUAUAUUUAAAUUUGAACUAUUAAUAAAUAUU